UAGACAUCAUCAAUCAAUAAAUUAAAGGUUUUAUAAAAUAAAUAUAUCUUUGAAAGAAAGUUUGGUCUAUAACAAAAUACAGAAGCCGAAGACUUGGGAUAUGGAGAUCACACGUAACUCUAAUGAACGUACGCCACUGCUUGAAAAUGGUGUUGCAUCCAAUGGGCACAGGCAACUCAUUAGAACGCACGCUACUUUUAACCAACAAACUCCACCACAAGGAAGCGGUGUGAUUUUCAGUGAACAAGCGCUACCAACCGGACAAGGAGCUGUAUCGAAUUUCAAUACAAGUCAAGUGAAUUUUCCUCCUCCGGGAAACUUCGAUUUGGAACCCAAUGAAGUCUCUCUAGAGGAAGUUGUUCAAGCUUUGUUUUCAGCCUGGCGGGGAAUCAGACGAUUUAAAGACGUCACGUUGAAUUUUUUCAGCACAAGGGAACUGUACGCAAUGCAUCUGGCAUGGAAGAAUGUCACCAGAGGAAGGCAUUGCUAUUCUGAAAAUUACAGAAUUGCCGAGGCUGUAGCUGCCGCUAUUGCAUCAGAAAGAGAUCCAGAACCUCCAAGUGAUGAUGAGAGUUUAUUAAAUUCGUGGAAUUUAUCAUUUUAUGCAGAAAAAGACCUUAUAGCUGUCAAUUUGCUCAGGGAAUGGGAACGGAUCACCGAAGGAGUUGGAUUCCCAUCAAGGCAUGUUCAGCCAAUCUUUGAGGACUCCGAGGAACAACCACCUGGUGUAUCCGAAUCUUGGCUCAGACAAGUAGAAUUGUAUAUAAAGAUUCAUGAUUUUAUUCUGAAUUCCAGACUGCAAAUCUUCCUGCACAGCCUAUUAAUCAUCUGGCCCCUUUCCAUCUUGAUAAUUGGUUACAAGUAUUUGGAUUGUCCCACGAGCUAUCACUUGUCGUAUCUGCUCAUGAUACUGGGAGUUAUUGGUUGUUUAGCUACAUUCAUUCGUCUGGCAUUGAUACACGUAACGUCACAAGAUCCAGACCAGUGGGUUUUGGAAUGGAUCGGCUUUAGAAUUGUUGAAUUUACUUUCUUGAUAGUAUUCAUCAUUCAAGCUUUCCAUGUUUUCGAAACGGAUUCAGCAACUGAACCGGAUCCCAACCGCUGCGUGGUGGGCUUCUACAGCACCGCCCUCAGGAUCAACUACGCGUCCAUCGCUUUUCUCUCUGUGUAUGCCUCGGUAUAUCUGAUCAAAUUUUUUCUUAAUCGAUUCGAUGCCUGGUAUUGGAUUUUUAGAUUUCUUUCACCAUUUCAACUUCUGACGAACGCUCACUGAUAUGAUCGAAUUAUUAUU